AUGGCAAACAACAUGACCAUGGACGGCCACCGCGCCGUCCCACACGAUUUCAAGCGCGUCUAUUCCCAAACAUGCGAGAACUUCGCGCACAAACUAGAAACCCAAGUAUUCGCAGUUUUAGAAACGAAACCAAACACAGAUUUCAAACCCGUUGAAGACCGCAUUGCUGAACUCGGUGAUAAAGCUCUUGAGAUUGGGUUCCUGGCUAAUGCGGGUGAAAUGUCUAUUCGGGAUCAUCCGAAGGUGAAGUUGAAAUGGGGCAAUUUGUCUGUUCAGGAGAUCUGUAGGAAGAUCAAGGAUGAGUUGCAUGAUAUUCGGGAACAGUUUCAUCAUACUGAUAGGAAGGCUUCUGCGGAACGGUUGGCUGCUCUUGCGAUGGUUUUGCCGUUUUAG